UUGUGACACAAUUUAAUUUAGAUGAUUUAAAUAAUAAUAUUUUGAAGCCAUAUUGUAUCUUUUUCAGGAUUACUAUAAUUGAAGGAACUAUGGGAAAGUUCUCCUUCCCAAGGAUCAUCAUAAGAAUGCCAUGGGCAAAGCGGACUGCACAGGACGAUUUCUGCACAGAAACUACUGAACUCCACAGGCCCAGAACACACCAGCCUCACAACUCCUCACAACUCCCCAGCCUUAAUGUGUGUAGGCAGGGCAAGGAGAACACCGAUUCAACCCAGAAUAAGAGGAAAAAGAAGAUACUAAAUGAGAAGGGAACCCAGGUUGAACUAGGCAUGCGGGAGGAUAUCCAUGACCUUGACCUCGCCCAUUGGAGAUUGGCUAGAGAGACAUGGAGAACUGAGCGAGGAAACAUGAGGGAGAUUAAGGCGCUGUAUGGAGAAAUAUUUAGGCUGCACCAACUCUUGGAGGAGAUUGGGGUGGAUAAAGGGUUGAUCAAGCAGCGCUCCACCUCCUCCAUUCUUUGUCCCGUCUCCCCGACACUGCCAGCUUUCCACAGGUACAACCUCCACAGGUACCUCGCCAACAGCCAAUCGGAGCCUGACCAGCAUGCUGCCGGCACCCAGAAGGACCCAUCUAAGAAACACUCAAUCUUUCCCCCUCUGGACACACAGAGCUGCACCUCCCCUGAUAAAUGGCCUCAUUCUCAGUCCAAGAAGUCACACCCACACGCUUCACACCGAUUUGCUGUCCCAUCCCAUCCCCUGGCUUCCGGCCCUCCUGCCCGGAUGAGACAGACCCAUCCGCAUAUCCACACCAGAUCCUCAUUGACUGGCCAGGAAAAGGUCAAGGAAGAGGUCUAUAGGCCAGAAAUUACAUCGUCUGAGGAAUUGUCUGAGGAAGUUCAACGGAGAGGCGCAGAAAUUGCAAAUAUGUAUAAAGCACAGCUGAAAGAGAGGAUGGCCCAAAAGAGAAAGGAAGAGAUUCUGAAUAAAGGGGUAAACAACGAUGACAAGAACGAUGACACUGAGGCCUCCUGCUCCUCUGCAGUAAAACACUCCAAUACCCUUGCCACAGCCCCCGCGCGCCCGGCCAGCCCAGACACCACGCCAGUGGCCGCCCGAGAGGACACUCAGGGGGAAACCCAGCAGGACCUGGCAGACGUUGUGAAUGUGCUCAAGAGGCAAUCAUCUGAUCUAUACCUGCCUGACGACGUUUGUGAGGAGUCACUCACAUGGAUGUCUAUUUACGAGGAGCUGUGCCCGCUCGCUCACAGGGUGAACACAGAAGCUGACUACAUCAAGGCGCUCCGCGUCAUCACUGAGAAGGCUGUGACUCCCUCGUGCUCGUCUGAGGAUGAUGUGUCUCAGAGUGUGAGUGAGGUCACAAGUCAGGAGGGGAGUAGUGAAAGUGAGGAGAGCAUGAGUGGACAACAGCAGAGAUGUCUACACAGGGAACCUUAUGGUGAGAGGGACAGGAAGGAGAUUGAUAGUGGUAAAAUGGAAGGGAGAUAUGCAACCGCCAAUGCAUUGUCUAUGAUGGCAAGCCGAGGGAAAGAAGAACUUAAUGCCAUGAGCUACGCAGACAGGAUCAAAUAUUUCAAGGACGAGGCUAAGAGAAAUGAAGAGAUGAUGAAGAUUGAAAUGAGGAAGGAAAAAGCCAGGGACGAAGAGCUCAAAAAGUGGGAAAAGAGACAGAAGAAAUUGAAGAAAUUGAAUGAGGAGGAAAGGAAAAGGACAGAAAAUAUGGAAAAAAACAAGUUAGAGGAGCAGAGGAAAAGGGAGAAGGCAGAGAUGAAACUAAAGAUCGAACAUGAGAAAAAGAGACAAGAGCAAGAGAAAAAAGAAAGAAAGAAGCAGGAGAUGCAACAGAAGGCCCGUGCAAAAGAAGAGAAAAAGAGGGCAGAGGAAGAGAAAAAGAUGGAGAAAAAGAGGGCAGAGAUGUUGAAAAAGAUUGAGAAACAGAGGAUGGAGGAGGAGAGGAACAGGAAAAAGGAGAGAAUGAAGGUGUUGGAGAUGCAGCAAAAGGCACGAGAGAAAGAAGAGAAGAGGAGGAAAGAGGAACAGAAAAGGAGAUUGAAGAUACAGCAGGAACAAGAGAAGCAGGAACAGAAAAGGCAGACAAGGAUACGGGACGAGGAUAAGAAGAGAGCAGAACUUCAAAGAAUAAAAGAUCACGAGGCCAGGUUCAAGAUGGAGAUGGAGAAACUGUAUGAGAGAGAAGAGAGGAAUGCACAGAUUGAAAGAGAAAAGAGGCGUGCGCUGUGUCAGAAAAAAGGGCAGACACAGAGAGCAAAACAGGUGGUGGCAUACGAGGUCACAGCGUCUACAUCUGACGCCUCUGUGCGGAGGGAAGAGAGGGAGCAGCGUCCAGAGACCGCUCACGCACAGUCUGCGAAGAGGAGAACAAGGAAGAAGCAGAAGAAAGCGGCGGACGAGGCAUUGACAACUUUUGAGUAGAUGACAAAAGAAAAUACUAACAAAACAAAUGAGAAAUAAGCAAAAGGAAGAAAAUAUUAUAAGGAAGCCAGGCAUGAGGGUGAAGAGGAGGAAACAUGAGAGAGGAGGAAUGGAGACCAGAGUGGUUUAUCAGGAGGUCAGUAGAAGAUACAGAAUUCAAGUUCUGAUGGACAGAAUCAGGAAGGACCAUGGGAUAAAAGGUAAAUGAGAUUAGCAGUAAAGAGCUGAGUGGAUCAAAAGAAAGUAAUGGAAAACACAAGGGGGGAGGCAAG